AUGGACACCCACGGUAUGUUUGUUUGAUAUUUAGUAAACUACUCUCUCAGACGAGCUGCCAGACGUCUCCGUCUUCCCAAUUUCUCGACCACACGUACAGCGUUACAAAAUUCUUCCAAGGAACAGAUUAAGAGUGCCCAUCAGGACUAGAAAUAAUCGUCAUCCUUCCAAUUUUUCGAGCGAACAGAGCGAACGGCUACUUUCCAUAACUUCGGAUAGUGAAUCUGAUCCGUGAGUCUGCUCCCUUUCUACUCAUUUUGUCCUUUCAAUUUUAGAGUCAAAGACAACAAGCUUCUCACCGUAGGUCUCUCUCAUUUGAGCAUUCGCAUCGACUUAGUGUGUUGAAAGAGGCACGUUCUUCACGAGCAAUGAUAUGUAAUAUGUACACGGAGGACGUAGUUAGAAAAUGUUAAAACUUGAAACUGUGCUCACUGUAUAGUCGAAUUAAGUUAUGUUGAAUAAGUCAUGCUUCUCGCGGUAGGAGGUCUCACACUGUAGUACACAUAAGAACCUUUAAACUCACGCACAUGCUUUUGUGAACAUUUGAAGCGCACACCGUGCCGGCAGUCCAGUAACAUUUCUUAUUAUGCACCCCAGCAAGCAGGAUGUAGGGAUACGGAUGUAUGCAGUUCUGUGGGCUAGCAUGCCUGCAUUUGACUCUUGAACUUUGGUGACAACGUUUUCGUACUUAUGUUGACAAAGAUCAAACUUCCAGGGUGACAAUUCGAAAGGGAGAAAUGGCUUACUGGAACAGAUUUAUCGAAUUGAUGUCGUUUGGGAGAGCUUGGUCGACUUACCCUUAUCAAAGCGUUGAGUGCAGGAACUCAAAUAAUGGACUUGCCGAGUUAGUCGGCCCUUAACUGAGCGAUUUUUUUCACUGUCUCGUUCUUUUGGUGGAUUUUCGGCAGGAUUGACAGUUUGCGCUAUAAGUCAUCACCCCGAUGGAGGCUGGUUGAGCCUCUGCGAGGAUGAGUAGUGCUCUCCCCAAAUACGGCUGGUCAGUCAUCCCAGAUGGCUGCCGAAGUCCAAUAUGGGCCACGACUUUGUUUAGUGGGAGAGCGACCCGAGUUAGCCUGGGCCGCCUCUACGUGAUCGCUGUCGCUCACGCCGUAGGACUCGAAAGGGGGUGAUGGGGGGAAGGGUAGGGGGACGGGGUGCAGAGCUUUCUCAUCCCACUCUGAGCUAACUGGCUGCUGAAAUAUAAAUGGUGCGCAGACAGAGCCUAGCUUCGGGGAGCAACAGGUGAGAAUUCAAUGCCAGUCAAUGGACGCUGGGCAUAGUCUAUACCUGCCAGCAAGAGAGCAAACUACUACGACUUUCACGCGGACCCACAACUGGACAUCUCUACACCCCAGGGGACCACACACGGGUCUAGCAACCAACCCCGGGCGUAUUCGACAUCACUGGUAGUCUGCUGUUCUUAAUGGAGUCAGAAUAAAUGUCAACUCUGAAGUCGUUCCUCGGUACGCCUAUACUUGCUCUCGGCACAGGUUAUCGCACGCUCUAUUAAGAAGUUAGUCUUCGCACCCUGUCUCUUAGUACCACUCAUCCCAACCGUCGGAGCUCCACAUAGACCCCCUCUGGCAUCUACAGAUUUGAUCAUUGAAGAGCGUGCAAAUGAGUGUUUUCACAAUGAAGUUUGCACGGCCCGCUUGAACUCUUGCCAAAAUGACUAGGAUGUUCGGUUUUUACAAUACUGUUAGCAUGCCAGUGGCCGGUUAUGCCUGCUAUAUUUUCACGAUUCCCAAUCGGGAGGGUGGCGCAGGCCAGAGGUUAAGGCCUUUUCCGCCUUAAAAUUAUCUGUACUGGAUACUCUAACUGUUAUUUUGCAGUCUUGGCUCGCUGUUGAGGCUGAUCUUUAUUCUUGUCGUUAAAUGUCACUCAUCAUCAACUAUGCCCUAACAGAUCCAGAGCCUAGUUUGGAGGAGCUGUAGAAUAACUGUUUGAUCGCGUAACAUUCAGGUUCAGUAAACGUUCUUUACCUUUCCUCUACAUCCAGCGACCUAUAUGACGCCAAUUGCGACAGUACCCUGUCUGGUAGUAAGCUAACAGACGGACCCCGGUGGGAUGGAUGCAAUACAGACAGGUCUGUCGAGGACUCCGACCUCAAUCUCAUCCCGCCCCGUGUUUACCGGCGUUCUUCCAAAUUGUCGUGUUGCAGCUUCGAGUGCAAUUUAAUGUAG